UCGGCUUUAAAGCUCGAGCAGCGCCGCCGAGGAUUUUACGUCGCUGCGCAUAACAGGCAGCAGCAGCAGCAGCUUCGUCGUGCCAUAUAUCUGCCUCCUCGUCUAUAGCUGCUGCAAAACAGCAGUGCCGAGUCGUCCUAUCUCCUGGGCUUUUCUCGACGACGACGAUUACGACGCUGGACUAUCCUCGACUCUGCACGCUUCUGCUCGCAAUUGCUUUGGAUUUUCGAUUUAACAAAAAAGUGAAUAUUCGUUGGAGGGUCAAGCCUCUCCGUUUACCCAUUCUGUAUCAGCAGACAACAAAUCAAUUUCCACUCGCAUAAAGUAUGGCACCGUUCAAGAUUCGUUUCUCGAAAAUGGGCAAGUCGCGCAGCGGCGACAGCGGCUGCAGCGCCGGUGGCAGCCACAGCAACAGCAUCGAGGUCGAGGAGUGCUGCGCGCCGGCCGAGCAGACGCCGCCCCGGCACCAUCGUCAUCUGCUGGGUAGCUCGGAGAGCGUCGAGAGCGGCAGCGGCGAUCUCAUGGCUCUGCCGACGCCGCCUCAGUCCCAGACGCAGCACGACGGUAAUAAUUACGCGAGCUUGCAGGACUCGACGAUGCCCGCCUCGUCACCGCCACCCUCCUACGAACGGGUACUGGAGGAAGUACGUGAGCUCAGGACGAGACUCCAGAGAUCUUUAGCCGAGGAAGAAGACGCAAUCGAGGAAAGCAGCAACGGCGAGGUUGAGGCACCGCCUCCGGAGACCAAGAAAAAACACAAGAAAAAGCCGCCCAAGCCACAGAAGAGUCAAGAAAUCGUGUACAAGUCGAGCAAGGAAUUUUAUCGUGCCAUGGCCAAGCAGUGGGGCAUCACUUGCAAAAUGAGCGACAACUGUAGGUGCCUCGAUUGUCAGUCGCGAUACUUCGACUGCGGCUAUCAGGAAAAGUACUGCGGUACCGGCGAGUACGGCGAGACCAAGUAUCACGAGCAAUCGGACGGUGGCCUCAGCGCGAGCACACCCAUGUUCGUAUCAGAAAUGAUGCACGGCUCGGCUUGUCUACUACUCUAAAUCUGCACAUACUUGCUCCACAAUCUAUAUUAUAAAUAUAUAAAUAUAUCUAUCCAUAUGAUACAAUAUACAUAUGACUCGCGGGCCGAUGUAUAUAUGCUACAGAUCGAGUGUAGCAACCAUACUAGCAUGUGUCGAUGUAUGUGCGUACGCAUGUGUUUGUUUAUAACCACUUCUAGAAAACGAGCGCACAUGACCUCUGGUUAUUAUUACGAUACACACGUCAACAUGCAUGUAUACCCGAACUAGCAGCAGUAACACCUUCGUCCCGAAGAACUGAAUCGGAAAGUGAUAGAGAGUAAGUAAGAGAGAGAGAGAGAGAGAGAGAGAGAGAGAGAAAGAGAGCCUGUGUGCAAACAAAAGAGGCCUUAUAUGCAUGCGACAUAGAUGGCUAUAAACAUUGCGCCAUCUGUUUAAGCUCCUUGUUGCUUUUCGUACAAUUAUAUCUCCUUGUAUACCUGUAUGAACAAUCUACAAUGUAUGUGUACUUUGUCCACGCGAGACUAAAGCUGUAUGUAAAUUUGUGUACUGUACGCGUAUACAAGGUGCACCCACUAGCUGCGCUAGACGCACGUUUCAUCCUCUCUUUCCCGUCCCCUUUCCCGCUAUCGAGGUGAGGUUUGUUGUUUUUAUCAAGUUGUAGAGUCAUCGCAAGCUCGGAAAUAUACGACAUACACACAACUCAAGUAUUUAACAUGUACACAUGCAGUGCAUACUCGAAAGCUCUUGAGGCUUGCAGAACUUGCAAAUUCAACAAUCUUGAAUUUUGUUACAGUUAAGUAUUUAACUGCAGUUUCCGUAAUUGGAUUGUUGAAAAAUUCGUUACGCUUCUACAUCUCGCUCAUAAGUCUAGAUAUAAUAGCGAUUCAUUUUUACUGCUUCUAAAUGAGACGCGAUUGGCGCGAACUCAGGGUGAACUUGAAAUGAACUGUCUAUGAAAAAAUUAUUGUUCGCAAUAUUGGUGUUAUUCAAAAAACCGAUCAAAAAUGUUUUUAUUUUUAUAAAAUCAUUUGGAUACCCUUUUGUAAAUUCGAUUGGAUUAUAAUUAUCCAAUAUUAACGAUUGUAUGUUUUUCCUCUUGUUGAAUUGUGUAUAAAUUUACGGAGCUGAAAAAAUUUAUUGAACAUAACACUAAUAUUUGAAUAAUUAUGGUUGCUUGCAUAUUUUAAGAAAAUUAUUAUUCUUCUUAAGUAUGUGCAGUUGUCACAUUUCUAUUGGGUUAUUUGGUAAAAAUUUAAAUACUAUGAAGUCACUUGAAAGUAAUGCAAGAUGAAUAUAUUUUGAAUGAAGGAAGAAAAAAAAAUACAUUUAAACUAUUUGAUAUUUCAAUCUUCAGUGAAAGUACAGAUGAAACCUUUAAUAAACUUCUCUUUAAACUUUGAAAAAUAACAAGAAGAGGUUGAAUCAUAAUUGAACGACUUUUUUUUAUCCAAACAGUUUUAGUAGUAAGAAAUAAUAUAUAAGAUUCUUAAGUGAUGCUGACGCAAGCACAGACAGAUUACUCGUUUUGUUGUCAAUCAAACUACAACCCAUACAAUUGGAUUAUAAAUUAUGACCUGAUUUUGACUUAACAACUGGAACCAAAUCUAACUAGAAAUUCAUGCGCCGUUCAAUUAUACAAGUGAAUAUUUCAUAUUUUAUUAGCAAUAUGAAUAAAUAUUAAUAAAAAUAAUUGUUAGAAAAAUAAUCUUGAGAAUAAUCAAUCGAGUCUCGAGUAUAAAAACAUAAUUGAGUAAAAAAUUACUUCACCAUUUUUCAACUAGACUAUAAAUUAAUUCUACCUAACGGCAAUGAAUUAUAAUUAAAACAAAAAUUUGCCCGUGGUCAAUGGGUUAAGUACGUAUUACUAAAUUAAACGACCACUACAACUAUUAAACAUGAAACAACUGGUCAAUAUAUUCAAUCAAAAUUGGUCCAUUGUAUACCCGAAUAAAAUCACUAAUGCAAAGCCUGAAGCUGUAUGCCGCUAAUACUUAUUGAAAACGAAGAAACAUUGUUAUGAAAGCCUCACUAGUAUUCAUAACGUUUAGCGCUAAGAAAAUUAGUAUUUCGAGAAAUGAGAAAAUUUCAUGACGCUGUCGUGUCCAUGAUUAUUGAAACUUAUUUCUCGGAGUACACAUGUAUCAAUGUUUAGACUUUUCCUAAACACGCCAACGCAAUUGACUGUUUAGUACAUAAGAAUUACAGGAUAAACCAAACCCACUCUUACCCAUUUUCACUAAAAAUCAUUUAAAUGUUCGUAAAAUGGAAAAAAAACAUGCCCAGUGAAAUUAAAAUGAGCACAACAAACUUGUCAGAUAUAGCGAGUGGCUGCUCGUAAAUAUUUUUGAACUCUUAAAAUCAUAUUUUGCAAUGGAUAAUGUUUCAAAUUAUGAAACAAGUGUAAAGAAUUUUUGCUCAACUUUGUAACUUUAAUGAUAGGAUGAGAAUUAAAAAAAGAAAAACAUAAACGCACAGCGAAAGAACGCAUAUAAUCAAUAACGAUGAUUAAGGUAUUGAUGAAAAAUAGACAUUAGAAUAAAUUGUAAGUUGAUUCGUACUAAUAUAUGUGCAGUUAAUUGAAUAGAAAUUGUACAACUAUCAAAUGUUUCUGUAUUCGUAACUAAGUUUGUCGAGCUUGUAUUUCAGCAAAUUUUGAGUCGAUGUUUGACGAAACAAACGAUAAUUCAUUUAAUUACAAUGUUCAACCAGCAAUAGCUCAAAGAGAAAAAUAGCGUGGCCUAAAUAUGCUAUGUCAGUUCAUAAUAGUGAAAUAUUUUAUUUACUAAAAUAUUAAGAUCUGUACCAGGCUCGUGAGCACUUAUACUUUUCAGGAAGUUUAUUCGCGUGUUUUUGUAACUCCGGAAGUU